AUGGUGUACGACUUACGAUCGAAGAAACACGCGGCAGAGAAGUUAAAUCCAUCGAUGGGCUCAUCCAAACCUCUGCCUUCAGAGUCACUUUCAAUGCCACCUUUGGACAUCCCCAGCAAUCUAUCAUCUAUGCCAAUCGAAAUCUUAGAAUUAGUAGUUUACUGGGUUUAUAAUCUUCCUUCAACUCGUCAGGAACCUCAAAAAAAUCCAAUAUAUCAAAUGCAUGAAGAACACAGGAUUCGUACCUUUGACAAGAAUUAUCUUCGCCUUCGUCAAAAAUUUCGGCAAAAGAGUGAUAGUCUUUCCUUGCUUGAUGUUCGAGCACUUGCCUCAGUUAACCGUCUAUUCUAUCGAUUGUGUUGUCCUUCUCUCUAUGAGUCCAUCAAUUUAGAAGGUUGUCUGACCUCUGCAAUGUAUUCCGCAUAUAUGGCGAUCAUCUCAAGGCAUUCGGAUCAUAUUAGAAGGAUCUGGUGGAAAGCUUCCAUGUCAGAAAAACAGGCACUGAGAAUGUAUUAUGCACCAGCUCCUUUGUACCGAGAUCCUAAAACCCAAUUUAAAAUCUUACUCAAAAUCUUAAGAUAUUGUCCUCAGCUCGUCGAUGCCGAUUUGGUUCUUGAUCAGGCACAUUGGAUUCUUACUGAAAGUUCCGAUACACCUGAUCCACUAAGCGAUCUGUUGACUCCUGCGUCCCCUCAGGACGAUUCCUCGACAUCCCCUCAACAUGAUUCUACAACAUUAUCUGAUGACGAUUCCUCGACAUCAUCUGAUGACAAAUCUCCGACAUCAUCUGAUGACGAAUCUCCGACGUCAUCUGAUGACGAAUCUGCGACAUCAUCUGAUGGCGAUGGUUUGACACUAUCUAGUGAUGAUAUCAUUCAAUUUGAACGCUUGCAUUUCACACAACCUAUCACCCAACUCCCUUCACUCACAAGCAUCUCACUGGUUUCUCCUGGUGACCGACCGCCUUACGCAGAGCAAUUCGUAGUAGACAUCAUCAAGAAUCUGUCUCAACUCCAAAGUUUUACGUGUUCAAGGAUUGAUCAUGUCUAUCUCAAGCCUCGGUACAUUGAAGAAGUCGUGCAGCCCUGUAGAUCACCACUUGGCCUUCAUCUUGCUUCACUUACUCAUCUGGUUGAAUUAGACUUGGACAACGCAGUUUGUUUCGACUUCACUUGGAAUCAUCUUGAUUGGAAAAGCUCUUUGACAGAUUUAGCCAUAGUAGAUUGUCCUCAUGUCUCAGUCUUUGGUUUACAUGGAUUUGUUAAGCUUUUUGAAUCAACCUUAACCACGCUUAAAUUAGUUGGCGAUCCUUAUCAUCACGAUGGCCCUCUGAAUUAUGAUCACAUCCUUGAAGAUUCAUCAGGUUAUAGGUUUCCAUUCCAAUUACCUAACCUGACCGAACUUACAAUCGCAAACCACUUAUCCAUCAAAUUCUUACGAGGUUUUCAUCUUUCAAAAAACAUUUCAAUCAUUUUAUUAGGUAGAACUCCUGGUUACAAAUAUCAAGAUUUGAAAGAAUUAAUACAAGUUCAAUAUUGGCCCAAUCUGAAAAAGCUUCAGAUUACCAAUCAUGCCCCUACCCAUCUUCGUAGAAAGUUUGCCUUUUCUCGUAGAAAGAUUUUAGACCUUGAAAACUUGUGUCAGGAGAAUGGAAUUGAAAUGAAUGUUAUUCGUGUUAAGGAUGAUGAUGAAUAUGAUUAUCCUUCUGAUACUGAUGACGAUCAACUUUCAGAUUUCGACAAUGCUAUCUUCGGGAUGGAGUAA